UCCACUUGCUCGUCUACACAGCACGCCCCGCGAAACAGAGCUCGAGGCUUUCCGAUGAGGCCGAUGAACGGAUUCCACAGCUCCGCCGCCGUCGCGCCGCCGCCGACUGCCACCCACCGCCCCACCAGCCUUCCUCACUCGGCGUUGCACUCCCCCGUCCCGUACCUCUUCGGCGGCCUCGCCGUCAUGCUCGGCCUCAUCGGCCUCGCCCUCCUCAUCCUCGCCUGCUCCUACUGGAAGCUCGCCGGAUACCUAGACUCCGAAGGAAACGCUUCUGGCGGAAGAGGCUCCGGCGCAGACCCCGAGGCUGCCGAUGCCGCCUGCGCCGUCCGUGUUAAGUGCCCGCGCGACUUCGAGGAGAGAUUCGUCGUGAUCAUGGCCGGCGACUGCAAGCCCACCUUCCUUGCCACCCCUACCGCCGGCGUCUCCUCCGCGUCUUCCUUCGCCAACAGGAGCGACGACGCCGAGGACGCGGCGGCCGUGACGGACGGGAAGAAGACGGAGACCACGGUGAGUUCACCGCCCGGUGACGCGACCCAAGGGGCCAGAGUGACUGAUUAGGUUUUUCACGUGCAUAUUUUUUUCCCUCUUUCUUUAUAUUAGAUUGUAUAGUUUUCUAUAAUUUCAAAGAAUUGAGGGUCUUUUCUGAAUUGAUUUACGCAAAAGACAAACUGUAAAUCUUAGUCUCAACUCUCAACUAAAAUUCUGGUUGGCUGUCAGUAUUC